GAGCAAGUGCUCUCCGACCGCGGCGGUCAGCGGUCAUGCGUGCAGACGUAGCCGUUUACACGUGUGACUGUAUCGCACCCUCAGUCGGGAGAUAUGUGGCGCGGAAUCUAGUUAGUACCCUUGUUGGCUUUAUCUCCGUUAUCUCUGUUUGGCUCGGAGGUCGGCCAUCUCGCCAGAUUAGAAGGACAAGCCGCGCGCGCUUCUGCGAUCGCGAUAAUUAGCAAAGAUGGAAUUUCGUAUUUUCAAUCUCCUGCAUCUUCGUGUCAUUUUAGCGUUCAAACUCAAACUGGAGAACACAAGACGGAUAAUAUACAUUUUAUUCACCUAUCUGAUAAUAUGUUAAUUCAUUAAUAAGCAAAUCUUAAGAGUAGAUAAAAUCUGUAGAUCUGCGGUAUUGAUUGCAACAAUAAUAUGCGUUUACACAAUAGUUAUUUAUAACUGAAAAUUGAAAGAACAAGUGAGAAGUAACUCGUUUGCAAGUAUGGCAUAACAAUCGCAAUCAUGUACGCGUGCUACUUUCGUAGCAAUUGUUUUUCGUUUUGUUUAAUCCAUAGAACAAAUCCGAUAGAAACAAUAAUUAUAAGCAAGAGGAACAUCAUUGAACAUAAUGGACCGCGGCAUAUUGCGGCAAACAUUGAUUGGUUUCAUAUGCAGUAUUUUGAUCAUUGAUUGCGGUCUCCAUGAAGGAUGGAGCACGCCGACCAUACCGAAGUUCAAUAACGGGGAUCCUUUAAAGGUGACAACCAAUGAGAUCGCUUGGAUCGUUAACCUCAUGUAUGUGGGAGUUGGCAUCGGCUCGUUGGUGCCUUUCAUACUGAUGGACAACAUCGGACGUAAGGGAACUUUACUAGUCACUACGAUACCGAAGAUAAUCUCGUGGAUCUUCAUUGGGCUGUCCACAUCUGUACCAUUCAUAUACAUUGGACGGAUACUCGCGGGCAUCGGAUGUGGCAUAACGUACGCUGUAAUGCCGAUGUAUCUCGGCGAAAUUAGCAGCAAGCGGACCAGAGGUCCUUUAGGUACUUUAAUGGCUGUUCUACUCAACAUCGGGAUGCUGCUAAUCUACGCGAUCGGCCUGUGGAUCAGUCGAUUCACGAUGGCGAUGAUAAGUAUGUGUGCGCCGGUGCUAUUUCUAUUAACUUUCAUAUGGUUACCCGAGAGCUCAGUGUUCCUCACGCGGAAAAAUAGACUUGGACCCGCGGAGAAGACCCUUAAGUGGGCCUUGGGUAAAGAAAACGUAGACGAGGAACUCGAGGAGAUCAAAAGAAUCGUGGAGUCCGAGGACAAAUGCAGCAAGUUGACUCUUAAGGAGAUGUUCAAAGAGAUUUUCACCAAAGCGCAGAACAGAAGAGCUUUUCGAAUUGCUCUGAUACUAUUGAGCGGGCUGACAUUGACCGGUGCGGCACCGAUACUCGCAUUCCAGUCGUACAUAUACGAAGAGGCCGGUUUCAAGAUCUCGACCAACGCCAGCAUCAUCUUGACGGGUGUCGCCAUCGUCCUAGCUGGCAGCACUUGCGUAUCGAUAGUGCGUCUCACAGGCAAGAGAUUACUGCUGCUGAUUGCCGCACCGAUUUGCGUGGUAUCGCUAGCGACGAUAGCCACUUUCUUCGAAUUGCAGUCCGUCGGAUACGAUGUCUCUCAAUUCAAGUGGGUGCCCACGGUCUUCGUGGUGAUUUACGUGCUCGGCUUUGGAUUCGGUCUUAAUCCGAUACCGCUAGCGUAUAUCGGCGAGAUCUUCGGCGUCGAGGUCAAAGUACCCGCUGCGGUACUCAAUGCUCUCUACUACGCUAUAAGCACCACCGCUAUUGUGAAAUUUUAUCAGGUCAUGCAAGAGUUAUACGGCACAUUCGCACCAUUAUGGACGUUUACUGCGAUAACAUUUCUUGUAUGGGUAUUAAUUUACCUAUUUGUGCCCGAGACCGAAGGCAAAACCUUGGAAGAGAUACAAUUGGAAUUGCGGGGUAAAGAGUGAUGUGUAUCGACAAACUAUUGUAUGUAAAAAGAAAACAUAAACAGGUGUGGCAUUAUAUGAAUCCAAAGAUCGUUAAAUCCGUAUUUACAACGCAUAUCUAAUACGAAAUACUUGAAUUAAUUAAUAAUUAAUUAAUUUUCUCAAUAUUGACACACACAUUCAGAGCCGACUAUAAAAAGAUUAUAAAAAGAACAGGAAAAUAAUGUUCCUGUUAAAGUGUAAUAAUAGUUCGGCUUAUAUUCUUAAAAUAUGUUUUAUCAUUAUACUAAUCUAUACUUUGACAACCAGAUGGAUA